AUGACAAGUUUCGGAAGUGGUGAUUCAAAUUAUAGCCAUCAUGAAAGUGAUUUUGAUUUGGAAGAGAGUAAUCGAGAGAGUUUACGACGUGAUGCCGAACGAUCUGCUGCUUUACAACUUGAACGAGCUAAGUAUAAACCAGUUGCAUUCGCUGUAUGUACAAAUGUUGAUUAUGACGGUUCAAUAGAUGAUGAUUCUCCAGUUCACGGAUGUGCGGUUUCGUUUAAAGUUAAGGAUUUCCUUCAUAUUAAAGAGAAGUUCAAUAAUGACUGGUGGAUAGGGCGUCUUGUUAAAGAAGGACACGACCUCGGAUUUAUACCUUCACCUGUUAAAUUAGAAAGUAUUCGGCAGCAAAGUGCCAAAGGAUCCAAAUUUAAACAGUCGUCCAGUGGCAGUAAUUUAGGUACUCUUGAUGAUAUGAUCCGACGAAGUGGCUCAAGAGGUUCAACACCGCCAACUCCAAAAUAUGGUCACGGAAAAAAGGUUGCUGAUAUGGUUACAACGCCUCCACCAUCGAAGGAAAAGAAAAAAUUAAUGUUUAAAAAGCAAGAAAAUGUGCCACCUUAUGCUGUAGUGCCUUCUAUGAGACCUGUGGUAAUCGUUGGUCCAUCACUUAAAGGAUAUGAUGUCACUGAUAUGAUGCAAAAAGCUGUUUUUGAUUAUCUUAAGCAUCGAUUUGAAGGAAGAAUAAUAAUUACUCGAGUGACAGCAGAUAUAUCGUUAGCCAAGCGAACAUUGUUAAACAAUCCAUCAAAACGUGCGACUAUGGAGCGAGCGAACUCAAGAUCGAGCAACAGUUUAGUCGAAAUACAAGCUGAAAUAGAACGAAUCUUUGAAUUGGCUCGUUCAAUGCAAUUAGUGGUACUCGAUUGUGAUACUAUUAAUCAUCCAUCGCAAUUAACUAAAACUUCACUUGCACCUAUCCAUGUUUAUAUUAAAAUAAGUUCGCCCAAAGUUUUGCAAAGGCUAAUAAAGUCUCGGAAUAAAUCCCAGACUCGAAAUAUGAAUGUUCAAAUGGUUGCUGCAGAAAAAUUAGCUCAAUGCCCUUCUGAAAUGUUUGAUGUAUUACUGGAUGAAAAUCAAUUGGAGGAUGCUUGUGAACAUCUAGCUGAUUAUUUAGAAUCAUAUUGGAGAGCGACUCACCCGCCAGUUAAAUCGCCACCAAGAAUUAAGAGAAAUCCGAUGGAAAACCGCGGGCCAACAACUAUAUUCACACCAAUGCAGUACGAUGAAUCGGUUCCAAUACAAAAUAUGGUUAGUCAUCCGAGCGGAUCUCUGCCUCUACAAAACAUGCAACGCAUACCACCAUCAUCACAGCAGCAAUCGCACAUUAUGCAGCAGGAUCAGCAAGGCUUCGAUGAGUACGAUGAUGAUAAUUUUCAGUGGAGAUAG